UCACGAUCAAAGCACACCUCAAGAUACCAAACUCGGAGUCCCUCUUGCACAUAACUAGCGGACGGCGGUAUCCCCGUCUUUUCCAUCUCGACUUGGCAAGCAGCCACAAGCACCAAAUACGAGGAAAGAAGGAGGAAAGGCAAAGAAAAAACGAAAAGAAAAGAGAGAAAAAAACACCAGCACAAUGUCGACACAGAAGCCAGUCCUGAUUGCGGGCGCGGGAAUCGCGUCUCUGCUCCUUGCUCAUUCCCUGCGUCGGUCCGGGAUACCCUUCAGGAUCUUUGAACGCGAUGCUUCGUUUGUCUUUCGAGCGCAAGGGUACAGACUACGCCUUUCUGCGGAAGGGCUCGAGGCCAUCGAAGAGGUUCUCGACCCGGACACGUUUAAGCGGUUCUGGGACAAGUGCGGCAAGACGGACGGGUCCAAGUUCACCGAGUUCGACGCCGUGACCGGGGAAGAGAAGGAGAGCCGCAUCGCGGGGCAGCAGGCGCUGGCAUCGCGGGACGGCAAGGUCGUCGGCAUCGCCCGCGGAGACAUGCGCAGGAUCUUUGCCGCGGGUUGCGAGGCGCACAUCGAGUGGCGCAGGGAGGUCACAGGCUACGAGCUGACCGACGACGGCGUGAGGGCGCUCUUCGCCGACGGCACCAAGUCGGUCGAGGGCUCGCUGCUCGUUGGCGGGGAGGGCAUACGAUCGCGCGUCGCCAGGCAGCUCUCGGGCGGCAAGCUCAAGGUCUACGACACGGGAGCCAGGGGCAUCCACGGCCAGGCGCCCACCACGGCGUUCGGGGGCCUCGGCGAGGGCGUCUUCAUCAUACGCGACGACACGCACCCGGACGGUUCGUUCGCCCUCAUCACCAACGUCCGGCCCGGGGAGCUCGACGACCCCUCGGUCCGGUUCGGGUGGACCAUGUCGGCCCAGCCGGGCGUGAUCCGCCCCCCCAACGACGACCACACCAUCGUCGGCAAGCCGGCCGCGGACGUGGCCCGGUCGCUGACCAGGAACUGGCACCCGCGCUUCCGGCCGCUGAUCGACCAGCUCGACGAGCCCGAGGCCGCCUUCUGGAAGAUCACCUGCUCGGCGCCGUCGGGGGUGCCCGAGUGGCCCAACGAGCCCCGCGUGACCCUCAUCGGCGACGCCGUCCACUCCAUGACGCCCGCCGCCGGCCUCGGCGCCAACACGGCCGUCCGCGACUCGGCCCUCCUCGGCCGGCUCCUGCGAGAGGCCGGCGGCUGCAAGCCCGGCGUCACGGCUGCGUAUGAGAAAGAGAUGCGCAUCUACGCCAGCCAGGCCGUGGGCCAGAGCUAUGCCACCGCCGUGCGCCAGUUCGGCAUAAAGAUCGACGAAGAGGCCACACGAACUGUUUUCUAAUCCGUCAAGGGGCACCUUAAUUAGUUUUAUUCGAGGAGGCGUGGCCUUGAGUAAUAUGUAUAGCUAUCUCCUGACGAGCACGAUCUGAAACCGGAGAUUUGUGGGCUGUCAGCUGCCCGCUUUUGUGGUUCUUGAUCCGGAGCGCAGCCAAUCUAUUCUUCCCAGCUUGUUUACCUCAGGUAUUACAUCUUGAUUAAUUAUGCAUGAUCAUCACCUGUGCUUCGUUUAAUUAGGGCGCACUGUGGAAGCGUGUUGAAGUCUUGUAUGCUACAACAGUACGCCAGAGGUCAGCCAAAAUCGGAAAACAGCAUCUAAUCACCCGACUGUUUGUAUGGCCAGGGAUCUGCAUCUCGUGCUCUUCUGGGCGGUCUGAAUGUUUGACAGGUAAGUCUCGCCCGAUGGUACGACCGGUACGAGUAAUUACAAGGAAUAAUAGCUGGACCGAGAUUGUCCACUUGUUUGGAUUUCCCUAGGAGAGCUGCUAAAAGGAAAGACCAAGAAUCUUGUGAGGUGCCAAUUAUGUGUUAAUAGUCGCAAUCAACAUAAAACGGAAGAAAGAAAAGAGCAUAAGGUCAUGUACCAAAACAUUUUAGAGUCCCCGAAAAAUCAUGUGAAGAACAACAACAGCGAAGUAAAGAACGAAGAGAAUGCAAAAAAUCGUUGAACCGUCCCCUCAUUCAACCGUUGUUAAAUAAACCGUUCAACGAGCCGACGACGAAGUCCCUUGAGCCUUCUCGGCCGCCUUCUCCGGCUUGGCUAUGAACAUGGCGUAGACACCCGCGAGACCGAGCGCGCCGAGUCCGAGGUACCUGC